UUUCAAAGCGAACUAAAAUAGUAAAUACUCUCUUUCUUUCCCCAUCUCAGUCUGGCUCUCUACGCAAAACCCUAGCUCUCCCCUACACUCACGCUCAUUUACCAUGCUCUCGCACUCGUACACCGUCGAUUCCCUCUCCAAAUCCCAAGACCUCGCCGCCGCAAUCACCGCCUCCUCCACACCCGCUCAGAUCAUCUCUACCUGCGCCUCCAUCGAAUCGAUCCUGCAUUCCCACACACCGGAUCAGUCCCGUCACUUCUUUUCCCUCACCUUCCCUACACUUAUCUGCAAGCUCUACGGCUUCGAUGAAGCCACGUCAGCUCCCGGCGGCCCCCAACACUCCCAGUCGCAGGGCUGGAUCGACACUGUCCUCCACCACAACGAUUCCGAUCUCGCCGCCAAGGUUUUCAAUCUUCUUGCUCCUAACGGCGUCUUGUUCAAUGCAAUCUCUGCCGUUGAUCGCCUGUCCCUUGUCCGAUAUGUUUUCCCAAUCGAACGGUUGCCGGAAUGGGCUCGCUACAUGCUUUCCAGCGAUAAGGAUUGCGGCCUGUUAUCUGACUUGUGUCCUCUUUUCAAAGGUAGAGUGAAAGUUGACUCAAUUAAGGGCUCGUUUUGUCAAAUUCAGCUAAACGUUUUUGAAUAUUACAUGUUCUGGUUCGCGUACUACCCUGUUUGUAGAGGUAUUGGUGAGAAUUUGAAUAAAGCAUCAACGAAAAGAAGCAAAAGAUUUAGGUUAGAGAAAUGGACACAUUCGAUUCCAGGUUUUUCAAGCACCCGACGAGAAUCAGACAAAAAAAUGGAGUGUGAUUUGUGUGCACGGCUUUUAUAUGCCUAUUUGCAUGCUUUUGUGCCUGUACAUGAUUUAAGUGCACUCCAACCUUACCGUAGUUCACAUUUGCACUUUGAUUUCGGAUAUGAUGGUUCUAUCAUCUUGAAAGCGGAAUUUUUCAUCAAUACACUAAUCAACUAUUGGCUGGUGGAUAAUGAUUUUUCACCCUUGCCAAAGAAUGCGUGCAAAUCCACUUGCAUUUUGUUUCAGUUGCAAUCAGUAUUGGGUGAGACCCCGCCAACUUCUGGACUGGGUGAAGUGCUGAACUUGUUUGUGAAGUACUUGAAUAUGAGUGCUGCUAUUGCUGUGUCUAACGGUUGUGAGAUUGCUGAUUGUACUAGAUGGAGGGUUUCAAGCUCAUCUGAUAACACGAGAGAUGUUGGGUCAGUGGCUAAUGCACUGCAGAUAGUUAGUUCUUGGAAUUCUUGGUUACAAAGGCCGUUGUAUAGAUACAUAUUGAGGACAUUUUUGUUUUGUCCAUUGGGAGCUUCAAUCAAGAAUGUGUCUCAGGUUUUUUCAGUCUGGACCACUUAUAUGCAGCCUUGGAUGAUUCAGCCCAAUGAAUUUGCAGAGCUUGAUGCUAUUGUAGAUGGAUCAGGGAGGAAUGUGAGUAAGGAGGAAAGUCAGGCCCAAGAAAAUGGCUAUUCAUCGUCAUGGAAGGGCUAUGUUUUGUGUAACUAUUUGUAUUACAGUUCCUUGGUUAUGCAUUUUAUUGGUUUUGCACACAAGUUUCUUCACACUGAUCCUGAAGUGAUGGUCCAAAUGGUAUCAAAGAUUAUAAACAUAUUGACAUCAUCAGAAGAACUGGUCGAUCUUAUAAGGGAAGUAGAAACCGUCUUUCAUUCCAAAAAAAUGACAUCUGGAAAGCCGACUCUUAAUAGCUUAUAUGGCUUUGUUCCAGUGAUCCGUGAACAGUUGCAGGACUGGGAGGAUGGAUUAUGUGAAAGUGAUGCUGAUGGAUCUUUCUUGCAUGAGAAUUGGAACAAAGACCUACAACUUUUUAGCAAUGGAGAAGACGGUGGACAACAGCUUCUUCAGUUGUUUGUACUGCGUGCGGAAGCUGAGCUACAAGCAAAUUCUAGUGAUAAUCCUUCGCAGGCCCUCCAAUGCAUCAAUUCGUUGAAAGAACAAUUAGGCCGCUUAUUCGGUCAACAUGCUAUAAAGCCAGUUUCGUAUCCACUCAAGCCAAAACAACAUAACCGACCUCGAGAUGAAAUAUUCAAACCCAGAAAACUUGGCAACCAUGUGCCCACUGGUAGUAGAUUCAAGGGGGAUUGGAUGAAGCGCCCCAUCUCUGAUGACGAAGUUGCUUUGCUUGCCAAGUUCCUUGUCUGGUUGUCAAUUUGGCUGAAUGAUAUUCUUGGGCUGAACGAGGUGGAGAGCAGUGACGUUGUCACCAAAUGGUCCUAUGUGGAUGUCUCUAGCACCAAUGAGUGUGGAUCCAUGGAAACCAUGAGGAUGGUGUUAUGUGCUUUGGGUUCUUGGUUUCUCAUGAUAGGUGCGACUCUAGUGGGUAUAAUGAGGAAACAUGGUCUGAGAAUUAACCUUAGAAUGUUAGCUUCGAAGAAGAUUGUGAUGAUUUUGCUGCUGGCUGCUGUUUUUAGUGUAAUGAAAAAAGCUAUCAGAAUGUUUCACAUAGUGUAAAUGAGAAGUAAAAUAGAAAGAAUUAUAGAUGAAGAGCUAAGCAGCAGAAGAGGGGAAAAUGUUGAGAAAAGAACCUUUUUGGUAAGGUUUUCAGUGUGUUUUGUCUUCUCUUUAUAUGUGAAGCAGCACUGGUGGCUCUUACAGGGAGUUUUGUUCCAACUACAUCUUGCUUAGAAACUAGAGAGUAUGAGUAUCUGCUAGUGGUAUUUUUCCUUUCUGUAUUACUAGUUACUACAGUUGUAUGCGUCUUUAAGAUUUGCAAGCCAGGUGUUCUCUCAAAUGGAAUCAGGCAGGGCAGAUUGGUUUCUGUUCAAAUGAAGCCUUGGCUCUCUGAUUCGAACAUGGCAUUGAACCCAAGAAGUCAAGAGAACGCCUUCGUGGCAUGCCACUCUUUCUGAUUGAAAUUCUGCUGCCCUUUUGUCUGUUUGGUCUGCGGUUUCCCUUUCCCGUGUGGAAGGUCUUGUCCUUCUCAAAAAGGGCUGAGAAAAAAUGGUGGUGACUGGUGACAAACGGAGGUACUGCUGUUUGGAAGUACAAAUAUAUGCUCUCUGUAAAUGCUAGUAAAUAUGUGAUUC